AUGUAUAAUGAUGAAUAUGAAUUUGAAGCUCUUCAGAGGUCUGUGCUGGUUGGUAAGCUAAACCCAUCCUUACAGGUUUUGAAGCAUCUGACUUACUUGGAUCUUAGCGGCAACAAUUUUAAUGGGAUUCAGAUUCCAAGCUUCAUGGGUUCCUUUGGAAGCUUAAGAUAUCUUAAUCUCUCCUAUGCUGGAUUUGGAGGUGUCAUCCCGAGUCAACUAGGAAACCUCUCUGGGUUGCACUUCCUUGAUCUUCGGGAUAAUUUUGAAGGAGUGAUUCCUCAUCAACUGGGGAACCUCUCUAAUUUACACCAUCUCAGACUUGAAGGUUGGGGCAAUCUAUAUGCUCACACUCUUCAAUGGAUUUCUGGUAGUUCCUUGUUGCAUCACCUUUAUCUGGAGAACGUGAUCCUCAACAAAGCACAUGAUUGGUUGCAGCAAAUUAACAUGCUUCCUUCUUUGAUAGAGUUACACUUGGUCCAGUGUGGGAUUGAUCACUUUCCUCCUUUACAUAUUGUUAAUUUUAUUUCUCUUGCCGUCCUUGAUCUUUCUGGUAACCCUUUUGAAUCCUUCAUCCCACCUGAUUGGCUGCUUAGUCUUCGUAGCCUUGAUCAUCUCAAUUUGGGAUCAUGUGGUUUAUAUGGAUCAAUUCCAAGUGGUCUAAGAAAUAUCACCUCUCUUAGAUAUCUUGAUCUUUCUAGUAACGAUUUUGAAUCUUUGAUCCCUGAUUGGCUGCUUAGUCUUAGUAGCCUUGAUCAUCUCGAUUUGAGAUUCUGUGGUUUAUAUGGAUCAAUUCCAAGUGAUCUGAGAAACAUCACCUCUCGUAGAUAUCUUGAUCUUUCUGAUAAUCUCCUCAAUUCUAUAAUACCUGAGUGGCUAUCUAAUUUCAGUCAUCUUGAAUAUCUUGAUCUGUCAAAGAAUUUGUUCCCAGGGGGAUUGCCAAGAUCCUUUAAAAAUCUUUGCAACUUGAAAGUAUUCAAUCUGGCAAGUGUCGAACUUGGUGGUGAUAUAUUGGAGAUUUCAAACAUUUUGUCUAGUUGCAUUUUAGAUGAAAUAGAAACUCUAGAUUUAAGCAAGAAUAAACUUUGGGGCCAUUUUCCUGAACUUGGAAAAUCUAAAAAAUUGGUCUAUCUUGAUCUUUCUGAUAAUUUUCUUUCUGGUCAACUUCCAGUGUCCUUGGGAAGAUUAUGCUCUCUGAAGUAUUUACGUCUUUAUAACACUAAUUUGAGUGGACCUCUCCCUGAGAGUCUUGGUCAACUUGCACAACUUGAGAGUUUUUUUGUGUCACAAAAUUCAUUAAAAGGUGUCAUCUCUGAAGUCCACUUUGCCAACCCCACAAAAUUGAAGUUUCUCGAUGGAUCUCGGAAUCAAUUGUCCUUGAGUGUCAGUACAAAUUGGGUUCCUCCAUUCCAACUUCGGGAAUUGUUAUUUAGGUCAUGUCGGUUAGGUCCACAAUUUCCUCAUUGGCUCCACUCACAGAAAAAUUUAUUGAUUCUAGACAUGUCGCAUACAGGAAUUUCGGGUACCAUUCCUAGGUGGUUUUGGAACUUAUCAUCUCAGAUUUCAAAUUUAGAUUUAUCUCACAAUCAUAUCCAUGGUGAGAUUGUAGAUGAGCUUUUAGCUGCAUCUAUGCCAUUCACUACAAUUGACAUAAGUUCCAACCACUUAAAUGGUACACUGCCUCGUUUGUCGGCAAAUAUAUCAACACUAGAUCUUUCAAACAAUGCAUUUUCUGGAUCUACUUCUUACUUUCUGUGUUACAAGAUGGAUGAAUCUAAGAACUUGCAGUUUCUUAAUUUAGAAAGAAAUCUUUUGUCAGGAGGACUGCCCAACUGUUGGGCAAGUUGGAAUAACUUGGAGUUCAUAAAUUUAGCAAAUAACAAUCUAAGCGGCAAAAUUCAAAGCUCCAUGGGAUCUCUAGAUUUUCUCCAAUCAUUGCAUUUUCGAAACAAUAGCCUAUAUGGAGAAAUACCUCUGUCACUGCAAAAUUGCAUAAGAUUAAUGGCUAUUGAUUUUGGUGAAAAUGGAUUUUCAAGAAGUAUACCCACAUGGACAGGAGAAAGGCUUUCAUAUCUCAAGAUUCUUAUCCUAAGAUCAAAUAAGUUUCAAAGCCACAUUCCUAAGAAACUUUGUGCACUCAGUUCACUUCAAAUCUUGGACCUUGCGCAUAAUAAUUUUUCAGGAAGUAUACCAGCAUGUUUCAUGAAUUUGAGCACUAUGGCCAUACAACAAAACUCAAGUGAACAAAUGUCAUACCGGCCUGGUUCUUUCACUGCAUUCUCUUUUGAAGGUUUUUUAGAGAAUGCAUUAUUGGUAAUAAAAGGACAAAUGCGUGGAUAUAGCACCAUUCUUCAACUAGUUACGAGCAUGGAUUUUUCGAACAACAAUUUAUCAGGAGAGAUCCCUGAGGAAUUGACGAGUCUCCGGGGGCUUCAUUCAUUAAAUUUGUCAUAUAAUCUUUUGACAGGAAGAAUUCCAAAGGAUAUUGGUGCUAUGGAACAACUAGAAGCCAUUGAUUUCUCUAUGAAUCAUCUUUUUGGUGAAAUCCCUCCAAGUAUAUCAAGUUUGACAUUCCUAAGUCACUUGAACUUGUCCUACAACAAUUUGAGUGGAAAGAUACCAUCAAGCACUCAACUUCAAAGUUUCAGUGCAUCCAGUUUUGUUGGAAACAAUCUGUGUGGGCCUCCAGUUAAUAACAACUGCAAUGCUAAUGAUACACCCUCUACAAUUCAAAAUGGAGCAUGUAAAAGAGGCAAUGAAUUUGAAGUGGAUUGGUUUUAUAUGAGCAUGGCACUAGGAUUUGUGGUGGGAUUUUGGGUGGUAGUCGGUCCAUUUUUGUUUAACAAGUCAUGGAGAUUUGUAUGCUUUCGGUUCAUGGACAACAUUUGGUAUAUGUUUCAUGCUGGUACAUUUUCACGUGGAUGA